AGCCAGAGAGGGGUUUGUGGCCACAUUUCAAGUGCUUUGGAUCCUUGGUGGGAAAGAUCCAAUGAGAUUGCAAGAAACCCAAAACCUGAAAGCAGAACGCAUUUCAUCCAAGCAAUCCGCAAGGCAGGCAAAGAUCUUAAGCAGGCGUAUUCAUUGAGCAGUCAGAUUUGAGCCACCAUAGAAAGCAAAUUGUUAGUUUGAACCAUGAGUUUGAAGUCCCCCAGUUGGGUUCCGUUUGUGGCCCUGACCGCAGUGACUACCACCGGUUUUUUGGCCUACUACUACCAUCUGCAGAGCAAGAAGUUGAUUGACAACAAACCAACUCCUACGAAAAGCAGCAAACAGAAGGACUCAAGGUCCUCAACGGCCUCUUCCAAGAAAAAUGAAAAUCAAAGUCGUGCAGGAAAGGGAUUAGAGAAGGCACCUAUCGCCACCACGGAAGCGAUUCCCACCUCCAAAGAAACCAGCACCGAAGUUGCUUCGACACCUGAAGUCACUGCAUCGGGUAGAGCAAGUGCUUCUAUCGACCAAGAAGACAAACCAAGGGAGAAUUCUACAAACGAUGACCACGCCAAGUCAAACGAUUACCAUGAUGUGGACAGAGCUGAAACCGUUUCGGAACAACCCCUUGGCAACGCUGCCUCAGAAGCACCUGUUGAGGUCGCCCUUGCAAAAAAGGAGGAAUCAGAGCCUCCGAAUGAUGCGAAGACUUCUGAGGUUGCUGCUACCAGUGCCGACCAGAAAAUGGAGCCAGCUGUGACCGAAAACAAAACUGAUUCCGCUGAGGAUAUAGUCGCGGACAGUGAUGCUAAACUGGAACCAGUUGCUGCUGCCAACAUCGAGAUUGAUGCAACCGUGGUGGCAGCCGAAUUAGUUGGAGAGGUCCCCACAAAAAAUAUCGAAGCCACUAAGCCUCAGGAUGGAAGAUUUAAUGCAGAAGAGGCGGGAAAUAUUGAUGAGAACAAAAUGGAAUCCACUGGUACUCAAAAUGAGGGCAUUUCUAGGGAUGGAGUACCUGUAGAAAGCAAUAAGCAGGAUGAGGCAACACCAGACGAAUCAGAGGUGUUGAAAGAACCUCCAGUGGAGACUGCUGCCGAUACUGUCACAGCUGAAGGAACAGCUUCGCAGAAAGAUACAAUGGAUGCUGUUGAGCCGACAAAGGAAGUAGAUCCGAAAAAUUCUGAUGAGCCAACAAAGGAGGAGGACGUACCAGCAUCCGAGCAAACUAACGUUUCGGAUGAAACAACUGCUGAAGCCGCCGUAGCAGAGGCAUUGGUGGAUUUGAAGAAAGUUGCUGAGCAGGAAGCGGGCAAAGACGAAUCAUUGGCGGCCACAGCAGAAAACGAUGAUGCGGUCGGAGCAAAGGACAGCACCGAGGAGAAAGCUCCGCCUUCCUCGGACGAGGCAGCAGCAGCAGCAGCAACUACGGAGAAGGUCAUGGCGACCCCCACAAAAGAGGCAACGAAUAAUGAAGAGACUAUCCAAACCACAAAGCCCGCGGACGAUGAAGAACAGCCAACUCCAGAAACUCCUCCUGCGGCUGUGACACCCACCAAGAACGUGGAAACACCGGUCACAGCAACUACCACUCCUUCCGUCGACGCAGAAACACCUGUACCUGUGACCCCCGACGAGGAUGACAAGACGGAGCUGAAAGAGACCGAUUUGUGGGACUUCCUGCAAAAAGAAAUACAACAGAGUCGUCGAUGUGCAGGAUGUAGUAAGGAAGAAGGCGACGCAAAGUUCAAACCGUGCGCCAAGUGCAAGUCGGCUCUUUAUUGCGGCAGACCAUGUCAGAAGAAGCAUUGGAAGCAACACAAGAAAGUUUGCUGCAAGUAAUGUACACAACGGUUACUUAUAUAAUAUAGAAAGUUGACCAACGUAAUGGCAAGGGAUUACUACACUAAAGGCUCGACAACCUCUGUCUUUGUGAUAUCAUAGACAGAAGAUGCGGCUAGUCAUGCUGACUGUCACAAACUAUUUC